AUGGCCGUUCAUAAAUUAAUAAUUCUAAGACAUGGUGAAUCACAAUGGAAUCAAGAAAAUAAAUUCUGUGGAUGGAUUGAUAUUCCAUUAUCACAAAAGGGCAAACAAGAAGCAAUUUAUGCUGGAGAAUUAAUUAAAAGAAACCAUCUUGAUCCUGAUAUUUUAUAUACUUCGAAAUUAAUGCGGUCUAUAGAAACUGGAUUGACAAUUUUAGAAGUGUUACAGAAACCAUGGAUUGAUCAUAUUAAAACUUGGAGAUUGAAUGAACGACAUUACGGUCAAUAUCAAGGAAGAGAUAAACAUGAAGUGUUUGUUGAAUUGGGGAAAGAUAAAGAGAAAUUCCAAUAUAUUAGAAGAAAUUAUCAUGGAUUACCACCUUUAAUAGAAUAUGGUCAAGAUAAAUCAAUUGAUGAAAAAUACAAUGAUAUAUUAAAUAAAGAUAUAUUACCUCGAGGAGAAUCAUUACUGAUGGUAAUGGAAAGAUUGAUUCCAUUUUUCAAAUAUGAAAUAUUAGACAAUCAAAUGAUUCAAUUAAAUAAAACUGUUUUGAUAGUGACCCAUGGAUCAAUUGUUAGAAGUUUGAUCAAAUAUCUUAACCAUGUCAGUGAUGAUGAUAUAUCAAAGAUUAAUGUCCCCACAGGGAUACCAUUGGUGUUUGAAUUGAAUGAUAGAGGUGAAUUAAUCAAGCCUUAUUAUUAUUUGGAUCAAGAAAAGGCAGAAAAGGGAAUUGCCAAAGUGAAAAUGGAAGGUCUUGAAAGAAAAGGACAAACAGAUGAAAAACUAUAG